UACAAAGGAGAGAAGAAGCUCUUCGCUCCUCUUUCCCUCUCUUUGCCUUCCUUCUCUACGUUUUCGCGAGCGCUCCUUCACCGGCUCCUGUUCGUUGCUAUUUGUUUAUGUGUUGCAGUGACUUGCCUAUAACCUGGGACCUCCAAGAGCUUUUUGUUACUGCUUGACCGUGUUAACUUAAAGGAUGCCCUUGUAUAAAAGAAGUCCUUUUCUCUUGGCAGAACCGCCUAAGGACCUGGAGCCUCACGAGGAAGUAUACCAAAUUCGUUUCACGAAAGAGAUAUUUAGGGAUUAUCAUGAGUACUUGAAUCGGAUUAAUUUGUAUCGUCAGAGAGUUUGGACGUGUAAGGUCACUUGGAAGCCUAACUUGACCUAUGAAGAGGCUUUGGUGUCAGAAAAACGUGCUACGGAAAAGGUUCAACAGUUGCCCAAAGAAUUAGUGGCACCUGCACUGAAAAUCAUCCAAUACAGUAUGCUUUCAUUGAAAGAUCUUGCUGACUCAAUAGCUGCGAAGUUGCAAGACUACAUCUUUGUGGGUGCUGAAUUGUAUGCGAGGAAGGAUAAUAGUGAGCGCUUAUGCAGAAUUUUGAAAGUACUUGAGGAAGGCGGUGCAGUUAGAUAUAAGGUAGCAUGGCUUGAUCGGAAUAAGAAAGUUGUUGAAACUUCAUCAGUAAACGGAGAAGAUCUGAUUCGAAAGAAGCUUCCUUUUAGUAGAAAUGUUUUUAAAUCUUUCAUUCGGGACUCUACAUAUAGAAGUGCUCCUUGGGUCCUUCAUGAUAAACUGGCACAAAAUCACGGAAUCUCAACUGAAGUCCCAGAGGACUUGAGAAGCAAAGUUUUCUUGCAGAAUGGACUUAUAAUCUGCAACAAGAAGAGAGUGAAAAGGGAUGGAGAGAAUUGUACUGACUUGGAAGUAAAAGAUGAGAAUGGGAAAUGUAAAUGGAAGAAAAUUGAUGGCUCAGCAGGAGAUGAUCAGCCAAAUGAGGAACCUAUCAAAUAUCCAAUUGAUGACCUUCUAGUGCAGCCUGGUGCGGAUGAUCCAGUCUUCACUGAUCGACCCAUUCCAUCGAGGGACUUUAACGUUCCCAUGGAAUGUGUUGGAGAUCUUUUAAUGGUUUGGGAUUUUUGUUCAUCUUUUGGUAGGCUGUUGCACUUGUCACCCUACUCUCUUGGAGAUUUUGAAAAUGCUAUCUGCCAUAAGGAUGGCAACGCGAUUCUACUUGUGGAAACUCAUGCCGCUAUUCUUCGCUUGCUCAUAAAAGACAGUGGCAACUAUUUCUUGGCUGUUCAAAAGCGCAAUCGGAAGUUAAAGAUGACUUUAAUAAAUUGGACAGAGUAUUUGUGCGACUUGCUAGAAAUGAUUGAGAUUCCUGAAUUAGUCGCUCACACAUCAACUAUUAGGAGGGGGCAUUAUGGCCUUUUAGAUGCUCAUGCAAAAUUGGGAAUUUUCCGGGAAAUCAUUAAUCAUGCACUCGAAACAGAAAUUUUUAGGGAGAAAUUGGAUGAAGUUAUUGAACAAAGACAGACCUUGGGGGCAACAAGAAGGGGGGAGGCUCUGGAGGAAGCCAGGAAGAAAAGAGAAGAGAAAGAACAAUCAAAAUCCGUGUCUGCUGUUAAUGGACUGAUGGACUCCAAGGACAUGCAAACCACAACAGCAAAUGGUUAUCACAUAAAGCAGAAUGGGGACAAAGGGAAGAAAAGAAAUGGCGAGGUCAUUCCAUAUGCACCAGACGAUGCGAUGGGGAAAAGUGAGAGCAAAAAAUCAGAGGCCUCAUCAAAGAAGAUGGCCAAGAAACAUAACGUAAAUGGGAAAGCUCCAACAGAAAAUGGAAAAGAUCUUUCUAGGAAGGAACCGCUGAAAAAAUUGAAGGAUGACCUAAAAGAAGGAACAGAGAGAAGAAAUAAAGAUGAAAGAAAAGAGUACUAUGAACGGGAGAUGGAGAAGUGUUUUGUACGCACCAGCUCCUUGGGUAAAGACAGACAUCAUAACAGAUAUUGGUGGUUCAGGCGUGAUGGGAGAAUAUUUGUCGAGAGUCCUGAUUCCAAGCAGUGGGGAUACUACAGUAGCAAGGAAGAGCUUGAUGCAUUGAUGGGUUCACUAAAUUGCAAGGGUGAGAGAGAGAGGGCUUUGAGAAAGCAGCUGGAAAUUUUCUACAGUAGAAUAAGAUCUGAACUGCAAAAGAGGACAAAGGACUUGACUCACGAGAUUGCAUUGGAGGAGGCCGUGGUGCGAAGAUCAACGCGAGUUAGAGCUCCCCCAAGAGAAAAUCCUGCUAAUGCUUUCUUAAGGUACGUCAACAAGUGGAAGGAAGACUAAUUUGGGUUUGCGAGAGAUUUCAUUUAACAGAACAGAUCGGAUAAAGUUCAGCCUCUUCAGUUUUCACUAACAUGCUAUUUUCUACGGUGAGUUUUGCGGCACGGCUUGCCGUGGAUAAAGGGGUGGGUCCAUUUUUCUAGUCCAUUCCCCGAGAUACAGGACAAGCAUGUGUUUAUGCUUGACAAUUCAUUUCUGUGACCGUUGUUCUUGUUGGGGACAUUCAUUGUUCAGAUUGCAGUGGAAGUAGUUAUGCCUGUACUUACCAUUACCAUUUUUGUUCAUGUGUUUCAUCUUAUCUUCCCAUUAUGUACUAGCGGACAGCAAAAAGAUUAACAUGUUCUA